AUGCGUCAAGUAUCAAUUGCAGAAGCUCCAACAUUGGAUGAUAAUUCAUUUGAGCCAAUCUUUGAUGGAGAAGACUCUGCUGAAACUUUUGCCAAAAUAGAUAAAGAUAGGGAACUGGACUUGCAAUUGCUAAUGGCAACGCAUUUUUUUAAAGUAUUUGUUGAAUCAUCCAAAGCACGUUUUCAUCUAAUAUUGAUACCUUGCCGUUGGUAUAAAGAUGAAUAUAUUAGUUCAAGUAAGGGUUAUUUUAAUGAAAAGGUUAUAGGCAACAGAAAUUUUAAUCAUAGUAGCACCUUUAAAUUUACCAGAAAGUAUACUAUAAAUGAUCUUUCAGAAGAAUACUCCAAACAAAUAAUGCGAAAACAACUGAAAUAUGGCAUUUUAAUGGGUGAAGCAAAAAAAGCCAUUCAGUUUGCAAUUUGUGAUGAUGAUGAAGAAUUAAUCAAACCUAUAAAAGAGCCAAAUGGAGUACUAAUUGAAUCUAAUCAAGUUUUAGAUCCAUUAAAACAUCAACCAAAGGGAAAACCACCUGGAAAACAUUUUAAAUCAUCCACUAAAUUGAAAAGUAAAGGUAAAAGUGAAGCAACUGAUGGGGCCACAAGUGUGGUUUAUGUGGAGGAAAUGGACAUUAUCAUAGCACUUGUCCUUCAAAGUAGUCAUUUUAUAUACAACAAUCAAAUAGCACGUAUGACACAAAUAACAAAAUAA